UGGGUAGAAGCUCAGAAGGCUGCUUCAGCGUCAAAUUUAAUUGAUUGCUGUGCAACAAUAUCGAAGGAGGACUUACCGUGGGGACCGUCAUGGAUGUUGCUGGGAAACCGAAAAGGGCUCAAUUUCAAAAGUUCGCGUUAACUUGGGAUCCGAGCAAGUUACGACACUUAUGAAGAGCGCCAGCGGACAAAAUUCCCAGCGAUUUCAAUUCAGGGUUUCAAAGUUUCGUUUCGCUUUCAAACGCAAGUGAUUCGUUUUCGGGUGCCAAUUCUCGCUUUACCAAGACUAAUUUUCAUGUUCCCCGUUUUGAUAUUAAUCAGAUGUCUUCCCUCGCAGAAUCUUUAUAUUUAGACAGCGUUCGGAAUCCUGAAUCAUCGUGUGGUGAUCCCGACGAUAGUGACUCAGAUCGCGUUGUAAAUCAAAAUCCAGAUCUCCAAGAAAGUAGCAACGACGAAUAUAAAUAUACUGGUACCCCCACAAAGAACAAUACAACCGCCAUCUAUUCAACCCCUACCAGUCGCUCGGAACCUAAUUUAUCACUUUCUCACCGCGCACGUAACGAACUUGGGAAAUUAUGUCGCAAGAUCUAUGGCGAUUGCCUUUGCCUUGUCACGCUGAGAGAUUCCGCCUUAAUUCUGCAGAUAGCGCAUGUGAUUCAACGCAGGAGCAAAAGCGAUGAUUUUACGCUCUAUGAAUAUUGCCUCGGCUUAGAAUAUAGACAUUUUCAUGUUGACAGUAGGAGAAACAUGUUCUAUUUAAGCCCGGACUGGCAUGCAUAUUUUGAUAGGAAUGGAUGGUUUCUACUGCCGGAUAUGCACACGCUGGAAGAAGUCAACGGUCAUGUCACAGCAGUUGUCGAAUCGAGAAAAAAACCCACGUCUAAUGUUAGCAAAUCUUUCCGGUCGAAGUGGAGGCUCAAAACGAAAACGCAAUACACCCUCAUAUCCAUAUCCUGCACAGAUCCAUUCUUUCGCAGAUCGAUUGCUCAUCAAUACCCUUACCUUGACCUCCCAUUACUCGAAUGUCAUGUCGCGCCUCCGUUUACCGUGAUAAAUGCAGGGCCCAAGUGCGAAAGAGAUCAGAUAGAUCAGAUCGUUCUUCGUCGUUAUCCGCAACAGACUGAAGGGUCUACUAUGGAAUCAGACGCCAAGGAUCUAAAACAACGACUUACGCUCCUAUGUGACACUUGGGAUCUUUUCAUGGAUCCGCAUGUGAGAGCAGCUGCGAAGGCUUGGGAGAAGUCAGAAACGGGCGGUAAGAGGAAGAGAGAACAGAGUGACGCUGGUCAGACGGACGGACGUAGCAAACGGUCGAAAACGCGCUCUGGACAUGGUGGCGACCGCAAACGUAAACGGUCACCCAAUUCAGGUGGGGCCACUCUCACCGAGCAUGCAGUCUCACAUCUCGAAAAGCGACAGAAGACGGACAACUGGCAAACGAGCAUCAGACACUGGGUCGCGGAGUCGACCAGGGCCUCAUCUCUAGACCCAAACCUUUCGCUUGAUUUCACAUCCGUACUUGCCUGUACUACUGUUGACAACAUAACGAAUGUUUGACAGUGCACUUGAAUGAGAAUCUCACUUUGCGAUCUGCUCAGCCAACAUGGUCCGACGUCCUCGAAGGAGCUCCCCACAUUGCUCACCCAGGGGAUCGGGUAGCUUACCAGAACUAACGACCUGUCAUGUAUGAGCCUAAUCGCAUUGGAUUGCUGAAAUCUAUGGUGAAGACAAUUAUAAUGUGAAAAACUACAAUCAUUCGUGUGCAUUGCAAGUAAAUAAAUAGCC